CAACAGUUAUCCCUCCACACCCGCACAGCAGAAGGCGCAGAAGAAUGUAAACAUAACCUGAAAAUAAGGUGCAAAAUGUACAGCCGGGCGUUUCGAUUUUUUUCCUCAGUUUCUAAAAUUUACUAUAAAUCGUCUAAUUCAUACACGUGUCGAAUACUCGAGCCAGUGACGUUAACGCAAAAGAAAACUUUUUCUACGGACAAUUAUCCACGAGCGAGUAAUAAUAAUGAGGAAAUCGAGAACGACGAACAUAACCUAGCUCCUACUUUAAAUCAACAGUUUCAACCUUUCCGGGAUCAGGAUGCAUCUAUUAUCUUCGACGUAGACGAAGAAAGGAAAAAAGUUAUUGACCUCGAAGCUAUCAACGCCCUUCAGCAGGAUCACGACCCCUAUGAGGGCUUGAACAUGCAACGCGGUGUGAAAGGUGUCUACGACAUUGAAGAUUUAAUACAUUUGUUGCGAAGGGACAAAGCAAAAGAAAUAUUCGUUGUUUCUGUUCCACCAGAACUUUCGUACGUCGAUUACUUAGUGGUUGUAACGGCAAAGUCUGCUCGACACAUGAGUGCGCUAGCAACAUUUGUUCGUAAAGUAUACAAAAUAAAACGCAAUCCCGGAGACAGUUUGCCAAAAAUCGAAGGACCCGAAUCCAAAGAUUGGAUGGCUUUAGAUCUAGGAAACAUAGCGCUUCACAUUUUGACGAGAGAAGCCAGAGAUUUGUACGACCUCGAAACACUAUGGACAGUUGGUGGAAAAUACGAUGACAAAUCGAAUCAACUAGAUGUGGAAAAGGAAUUCGAGAAAAAGUACAACAAAUUUUUAGAGGGAUUUCAACCUGCCGAUACUUGAAGCUUUUCGAUAACAAAUUGGGACCCGAAGAAAACCAAGGUUUCGAUAAAUUGAAAAAACGCAUGACUCCCGUCUUUUAGCCUUGCGGGCAGUUAGGAGUUAAAAAUUCAGAAUUAAAAUGCUAACAAAAUUUAA